AUGUCUGCUGCGCUCGUAAUAUUUAAAUUAGUCAACGUUACCACAAAUAAUUUUUUCUCGAUUCUUCUUCUAGCAAUUGUAACAUAUGUAGCAAAAUAUUACAUUGACUAUUUUAAUCGACCAUCAAAAAUUCCUGGACCAUUUCCUUUACCCGUAAUUGGAAAUAUACAUCAACUUGGAGGAGAUCUUGCAGAUGCAACAGAAAGAUUUCGCAAAAAGUAUGGAGAGAUAUUUGAAUUUUAUACGGGAAAUCAGCGUAAUAUUGUAGUUAGUAGACCUGAUUUAGCAGAAAAAAUAUGGGGACCUUUAUCAAUUAAAACUACCAACUUCAUUCUGCGUAAUUCAUAUUCUGAAGGUAUUGUUGAGCUUGGAUUAGGCACAAAAGGAAUGCUAUUCAAUCGAGAUAUCGAAAGUUGGGCCACUAAUAGAAAAUUUAUGUCUCAAAUUUCUUCGCCACAAUUUUUACGCGAAGCAGUUAAAAUAUCAACCGGCAUGAAUGAUGAAGUUUUUAAAUAUUGGAAAAUUAUGGAAGAAGAAGGAAUACAAGUUGAAAUUCCUGAAUGGAUGAAUGCUUUAGGAACUGAUAUUGUUGUUAUGACUACAAUGGGAAAAAAAAUGUUUUCAACAGCAGAAUUAUUUAAUAAAUUAAAUAUCAAAGGAAAAAAAGCCGAAAUACAAGGAAUUUGGCAAAAUGGUGUAAAAUUUGCUGAAUCGAUUUAUCUCUACAAUGAAUCAAUGUUUUUUAUGAUGUUACUUCCACCAUUUAUCCGAACAAAGUUUCCAUUCAAAACUUUAAAUAAAAAAUUUUUGGAUAAUAGAGAUUGGAUAAAUAAUACAUUGGAAAAAAUAGUUGCUGAAAAAAGAAAGGAAAUGGAAAAUGCUGUUUUGGGUCAAUCUCGUGAAUCAACUAUUUUAACUUUAUUACCUAACACAAACACAGAAAAAGAUUUAGAUAAGGGUAAACUUUUGACAGAUGAACGAUUAGGUUCAAUACUACGUGAGGUAUAUACCGGUGGAUUGGAUACUACUUCAAAUACUUUGUCAUUCAUUACUUACUAUAUCGCCAAGCAUCGCGAUGUUUACUUGAAAAUGCGAGAAGAAAUAAUAAAAGUUUAUGGCACACUUGAUGAUCCUAAUCUUACAUUCGAAUCUUACGAAAAACUUAAAUACAUUGAAGCUGUAAUUUAUGAAGGAAUUCGUAUUUUCCCUACAAUACCAAUGAUAGGUCGUGCUGGAGUCGAAGAUGCAAAAUUUGACGAAUUUAUAAUUAAAGCUGAUACAACGGUUUAUACAGACUUGAAGUCUUUAAGCAAUGAUCCUAGAUAUGUUAAACAUCCUGAAAAAUUUGACCCUGAUAGAUUCUUAAAUAAAGAACCAAUAGUUAAAUAUAGUUAUUUACCUUUUGGAAAUGGUGUACGUAUGUGUCCUGGCCGUGCUUGGGCCAUGGUUCAAAUGAAAACUUAUCUGGUUAAAUUAGUUAGCACAUUUGAUAUUGAAUUAGUUGAUAAAAAAACUGCUGCACCUAAAUACGUGUUUGCUACUACUAGGCGACCUGUUUGUUUAAUAGUUUUAGAAUGUUGA